AUGCUUCGGGUUCAGGUAUUGGUAAUCACCAACUACAAUCGCCUUUCGAGGAAUGCGCUUUCGCCCAUUCGUUUCCAGCCCAGUAUUCUAAGCGUGUACGACAGGGACCUGCCCAUCACGGCGUUGCCAAACGGAUUGCAAGAAUCGUCGCUGACCGAAGAGCCUAAGAGCGCCUUCAAUCCUCAGCAGUCCGACUCGGAGGCAUCUGCGUCAAACCCACCCUCUCCGCGCCCGCCCCCGUUCUCUUCUCUUUACUUUCCUCCCUUUUCAGAGCUACAACGCAUCAAAUCCGCCGUCACUGAAGCUGCUUGUGACCCUCUACUAGUCACUGCGCCGGCUCCCUCCUUUGAGGAGACCCUCGCCGAGGACGAGGCAGAGUCCAAAGCCACCGCUGAGACCAAAACCGCGUUACCAAGGGACACUAAGGGCGAGUCAUCAGGCAAGGGUGUCGACGACGGCGAACCUCCUCCACCAUACACUGAGGGUUCAAGUCCGCUUGAGUCAUUCACCUACGUCAUGGCUGCAGCAGGUGGAGCUGCAAGCAUCAUCACCCAAGUCCAACAGACUGGAGGCCCGCCAAUAAAUGCAUUGGGAGGAGGGGAAGCCGGAUCAGACGAGCACAUCACCCUCGACCUGCGGGGUACUCGCUUUACGCUAUCAAGGGAGGAACUCCUCACACUACCAGAAUUCGUGCUUUUGUCUCUUUUUCCAAAUGGUCUCCUGCCCGAUGGUCACAUGAACACUUUCCACGACGGGGAUGUGUACCCGAUUGAUGUAGGUUCUGAUAUGCAUGUUCUUGCUGUUCUUUGCAAUCCUUCUAUUUAUAUCGGAGAUGUAACCUCUUUUUCACAGUAUGACCCCGUAUCCCUUCAAUAUAUGUUAGAAUUCUUUCGUGGAGUUGCGCAGUCAAUACCCUCCUCGUCACCAUCACCCACCACGUCGCCCGAGCAUGAUCCCACCUCUGUUGAGCCUAUACAAGGCUCCGCCAGGGACAUGCUCCAGGAUAGAGCCGGCAUAAUUGUCCUGAGAGAAGAUUUGGACUUCUAUGUCAUCCCGCCAAAGCAGGACAUCGAGCAACCAGAAAUGAUCGAGAUCAAACGAGCUGCGGGGAAAUCAUUGCUGAAGCAGGAUGGGAUCUUCUCGGGCUUACGAAAAAGUGAAGAAACCGGUACGACUGAGCAGCACCUCAUUGAGAUGUUGACAGCUGGAGGCUUCGACCAUGAGGAUUGCUGGGGCCACCGGGCUGGGGAGCCAAAUAAAGCAGUAAUCUGCAGUCUAGCUCUGGCAAGAUUACGAACAGACAUCAAGGGCGACCUUACCGGCAACAAUGCUGUGGGAAUGGCGCAAAAGCUUUUGCUCUUCUGGCGGAAACCUGCAAGGAGGUGCUGGUGGGAAGGAGUAAACUUGGACAACGUGGACGGUGUGGAAGGAAAGUUGAAGGUGUGGAUCCGGCGGGUUUGGACAUUGGAAAUGAGCGUCAUUGGGCUGCGCUGA